AGUGAGAGUGCUCAUGGUGAUUGUUUUUGAUGCUCUUGAGGGGGGUGAGGUGGUGAUGGUGAGGUAGUGUUUGGGGGGGUUGAUGAGUUGAGCCCUAACCCGUCCUCGUGUAGUAGAGGGGAGGAACGACUUCGGUAGCGCACGCCUGAGAAUGUAUUUGCCAGCGAUCUGAUUGAGAGGUUCUUUUCAUCUGCACCGUCCCAGCAAAAAAUAAAACAAGCAUGUUUGGUGGAACAACUCGAGGCUGGUGUCUUGUGCUGCUCUGCAGGCAAGUUCUUCCAUUCCCCGCACCCCCGCACGUCGAUCUUCGCAAUUCUCCGAUGCACUGCAUACAAUUUACCCGAGAGCACUGGCUGGUCACCCACAGAUAAAUAACCGAGUGAGGUACAUCUUGGGCUCAGUGACAAGUACUCCAUUUACCAUCUAUUUUCAUGAUGAUCGCAAAACUAGGGGUGGGUGCAGUACUGGCUGGUGUGGUCACUGGCUUGAGCUUCGAGAUCCCUGCCGCGGUGCCUGCCAACGCGAGUGCGCAGAUUGAUGCUGCUCCAGUGGGCUUGUCAUUCGAGUUCUUUGCCUUCCCCGAGUAUUUCGAGCAGCUGCCUCUGACGGACGGUUGUCUGGGUGUACUGGGCGAUGCAUACGGAAUCAGUCCCCCCAUUCGAAUCGGAGGCACUACACAGGACCGCGCGACGUACGAUGCCUCCCUGUCGACCGCAGUGUCCUACACUGUCGCCUCGUCGGACGACGCCCCGGAGACCCUCACCUUCGGCGACUCGUUCAUGGAGAUCGCCGCCAGCUACGGCGGAUCGGUCACCAUCGGCUUCAACCGACGCCUCGACAACAUCACCAACACCAUCGCCGCCGCCAAAGUCGCCACCUCCACGAUCGAGAACCUCUACGCCAUCGAACUUGGCAAUGAGCCCAACUUCUUCACCUCCAGCGACCCCAUCGCCGACGGCCAAUCCUGGACCGCCACCACCGACGCCGCAUCGCAGGUCGAAUGGCAGGCUGCCGUGGGACAAGCCCUGGACACCACUUCCAUCAUCCAGGCCGGGGUCUUCUUCGGGCUGGGGUCUUACGAAGUGACCAACCUCGUGGGGGCGGAAGAAGACACGAACGCCACGCAAUACGUGCGUUCCUUCUGCCACCACUACUACCCGUAUUCGGCCUCGACCGCCGACCUGGACGGGCUGAUGAGCCACGAGGCCAUUAUCGCGGGGGUGACGGAGUUCCAGGCGCAGGUGGAGGCGGCGCAUGAUCUCGACAAGGAGUUUGUGAUGGGCGAGACGAAUUCGGCGACCGGCGGGGGCGGUGGAAUUAGUCCUACCUUUGGUGCUGGGCUGUGGAUUCUCGACUAUGCGAUGCAGGCCGUCAUCUUGGGGAUCAAGCAAUUGUACUUCCACCAGGGAACAAUUGGCAACUGUCCGUAUUGCUGGUGGGAUGCAACGGUGAACGCCCCCUUUUAUGGCGCUUAUGCGGCGGCGCUGGCGCUCGGGGGGGCGUCACAGGUGGCGCAGCUGGACAGUGGCGACACCCGCGUGGCUGCGUAUGCCCUCUACAACAGCAGCGGUGCGGCCACGCGCGUGCUGCUGUACAACUCGGAGUAUUAUACCUCAGGCACGCGGAGCAGCGUCAACAUCACCCUCACUGGUCUAGCCUCGACUGGCACUGUCUCCGCCACGCGUCUGACCGGCGAUGCGGCUACAACAACAGUGGGGGCGGGAACCAUCACGAUUGGGGGACAGACAUUUGCCAAUGGGACGUGUGCUUUGCAGGGCCCGCAGGAGACGGAGACCACGGAGAUUGAGAACGAACAAGCGACCUUGACCGUGCAAGCGUCUGAAGCGUUGCUGGUUUAUUUGUAGGGCAAGCCGGUCAGGCCAAGACCCACAUCAUGAGGAGUAGCCUCGAUCUCCGUGGUCUCCGUGCCAGGCAUGGUGUUUUUAG